AUGGUCGCCAUCAACAGUAUCGCCUCCAGCGACCAAUACUUGAUAGAAGGGCCUCGUCGUAGUGAUGAAUCGAAGUACAUGUUGCGAAUGCCAUCUGACGAGCUCCCUCCGAUGGAUAAUAGCUACAGACAUCACAACCCGCACACCACUAGCGGGGUAUCUAUACCAGAGGAUUGUGGUUUCAUAUUACCAGUUUCUCGCCUCUCUACCUACGGAAACCUCAUGCCUAUUCUACAAGCACAGGGCAAUGCUCAGACUGAGGCUUACGACGACGAAGGACCAGGCGAUAAUACAAGACUCGCAACUACGGCUUGA